UUGAAGCAUCAUAUAGUUUGAGGCACACGUCAAACUCGCCCUAUUCGCUAGUUGCUAAGUGAAACUAGUUUCGUCUCGUAACACAAAAUUCUUUACAAAUUGCUCAUAAUGUCGGAGUCUUUGCAUCGCUGGUGUGUGGAGCAGUUAAACAGCCAGUUUGGCCUGGAAGCGAGUGAUGACAUCGUUCAGUACAUCCUGUCCAUCAGUAAUGUGGAUGAGAUUGUGGAGUAUGUCGGUGAUCUUCUGCAGGGAACCGAAGGGAAGAAGAAGGAUUUUCUAGACGAGCUGCUGGUGAGAUGGCGACGUUGUCAGAAACAGCAGGACAGAGAGCCAGAACCGAUCCUCACGAGAACAGAGGGUCCCGACCCAAGUAAAGACACUCAGAAGAAAAAACGCAAAGGGCGGAACAAACAGGAGGUGGUGUUGACCAGCCAGGCUGAGCCCGAGCCGGAGAUCGUAAGAACUCCCAUCGACCUGAUGAAGGCACAUGAGAACAGCAGCAGCUCUACUUCCUCUAAGAAGAAGAACAAAUUUGUGAAUUUGUACGCCAAAGAGGGUCAGGAUAAACUCACCAUCCUGCUGCCUGGACGCCAUUCCUGCGACUGUUUAGCUCAGAAACACAAACUGAUCAACAACUGCCUGACCUGCGGUCGGAUCGUGUGCGAGCAGGAAGGCUCCGGUCCGUGUUUCUUCUGCGGCAGUCUGGUGUGUACUAAUGAAGAGCAAGAGAUUUUGCAUCGGGACUCGAACAGAAGUCAGAAGCUCCGCAAGAAACUCAUGGGAGAUCACAUCAUAUCUGAGGGAGAUAAAGACUACCUGCCCCACCAAGAGGCCAGGAUGAAGACAGGCUUAGAGAAAGCCAUUCAGCACAAAGAUAAACUGCUGGAGUUUGACAAGAACAGCGUUCGCCGAACUCAGGUGCUGGAUGACGAGUCCGAUUACUUCGCCACCGACUCCAACCAGUGGCUCUCCCCGGUGGAGCGCGAGACACUGCGCAAGCGGGAGGAGGAGCUUCAGGGGCUUCGCCACGCCUCUCGCAAAGACUGUAAGAUCACGCUGGACUUCGCUGGAAGACGCGUUCUCGAGGAAGGAGAAAACCUGAAUCAGUAUUACAAUAAGUACGACGAGACCGUCAAGGCCAUCAACACAGGGACUCUCAUCCAAACCCCGAAGAGCUCGGCUCCAGCUGGCCGUCAGUACCUCAGGGAGCUCGUCAACCCAAAUAUUCAGCAGGCUGCACCUCAGUGGGUGGAUGUACCCGGCGGCGAUACGUCUCACAAGGCUAAAUCGGCGCACACCGAGCAGAACGCAGAGCGCACCAGGUUAAGGAUUCAGGACCGGGAGCUGCAGGAAAUGGCGGACGGAGGCUGGUGUCUCAGCAUGCACCAGCCCUGGGCCUCACUUCUCAUCUGUGGCAUAAAGAGAGUGGAAGGCAGGACGUGGUACAGCUCACACAGAGGGCGUCUGUGGAUCGCCGCUGCAGCCAAACGACCCACGCCUCAGGAGAUCGCAGAGGUGGAGGCCACGUAUCGGCAGAUCUGUAAACGAGAUCUGAACUUUCCUAAAGAUUAUCCUACAGGCUGCCUGCUUGGCUGCGUCAACAUAACGGACUGCCUCUCCCAGGAGCAGUUCAGGGAACAGUAUCCUCACAACAGCGACGAGUCCGCCUCUCCAUUCGUCUUCAUUUGUACCAACCCUCUGGAGCUGCUGGUGAAAUUCCCCAUGAAAGGGAAACACAAGAUCUGGAAGUUAGAGAGUCAGAUUCACCAAAGUGCCAAGAGGGGGUUAAUGCAGCCAGCCUGACCUCGACAAACCCAUGCCGGGCCACGAGGACCCGAGCUUCCAGCCAAUAGACAAGCGGAGAAGGCCGUGUCACACUACUGUGCCAUUCAUCGAGGGACACUGUUACCCACGGGACAAAGUGACACUCAUACAUCUCUAAACAGAAAACUACACUCUGAACACCAUGCUGCAUUUUCUCUCUUUGGCUUGACUUAAUAAAAAAAAACUAUUAAAAUGAA